GUGGGAAGAAAAUAACUCGUCGCACACACUUGUUUUGAUAAAAUUACAUAUUUUUGAGUCUUCGACAGUCCUGACAGUUGUGACCAGUAUCCAUAUAUUAUUUAGCCAUUCAUUUACCACCUACGAAAUACAUUAGGUCAACAGUAACAACGCCACCAUGGGGUUUCUGCUUUCUAAAUCGAUGGAUGCAAACUUUAAAAAGCAGCAAGAGUUCAUGCUUCACAAUUCACGGCUGCAGAUGGAGCGUCAGAUCUUGAUGCAGAACCAGAUGAGAGAGAGACAGAUGGCUAUGCAGAUCGCCUGGUCCAGAGAGUUUCUCAAGUACUUUGGCACUUUCUUUACAAUGGCCUCAGUGGGACUCACUGUAGGUGCCAUUAAAAGAAAGAGACCAGGAAUGAUGGCUCCCCUCGUUCCUCUCGGCUUCAUAUUUGCCUACCAGAUGGACAGCGGUUAUGGAACACUAAUUUAUCGAAUGAGGGGGGAGGCUGAGAGUAUCAUGGCAUCUGAACACGACCGUCUGGACUUACCUAACGGGACUCCUACCUUUGAAAGCAUAGAGAAGGCCCGUCGCGCUAAAAGCACCCUCACCUCCUUCCUGGAGAAAUAAUGUGUUGGUUAGUGAGACAGAAUCCGAGUCGUCCAGAUUGUGCGUUCAACUACGCUGCUUUUGCUUAAUUAUGGAAAAAACAGUCAAAUACCACUUGCCUUUUUUGGAAGAUUAUGAGUCCAUGGUUUGCACUAAUUAUUUAUCAUGGAGCUCAAGAUACAUUAGUCUCAUUAUUAUAAAUAUAAAGGUGAUGUUGCUUUGUUUGUGGUUAUUGUUAUUGAUUUGCAUCAGUUGCCAAAAUCUUUUUCAGCACCAGAUUGUGUACUUUAUAAAAGCAGACUGACUUUUACAAAACUGAAAUACCAAAGUACAAAUUAAUACUAUACAUACAAUACUACAAUCUAUCAGUCGGUCAUCACAUCAAUUCAGCAUAUGUGUCAGUUCCAUUUAUCUGUUGCAACAUAAUUGUCUUGAAUGAAUAUGCCUCCACAAGUUGUAUUGUUAUUCUUGUUAAUUACAUUCUUAAUUAAAGCUGCAUUAAGAUAUUUUUGAACACUGGAAGGAAGAAAUCUCCAAAACAAACUCAAUAAACUUUCAACAAACAUUAAUCCCCUUUAGUUCAAGUUAGUUUGACAAACUCUUAAAUUACCUAAAUUUGGGGGGGGGUUACAUUGAAUUUUUCAUUAAAAUUAUUAUUAGAGUUGCAACAAUAACUUAAUUGCUCAGUCAAUUGACAAAAAAUGUAUCUGUAGCAAUAAUAAUCAAUUAAUAGUGCAAAAACAUUUGAAUGCAUCACCUUGGGCUCUCAGAAAAUGUGAUGUUUUUUUUCCAUUUUAUAAACUUAACAAUAAAGAAAAUCUCAUGCCAGAUUAUUAAAUUUUAAAAACUACUGCUGAAAUAAUGAUGAGCUUUAUACUAAAGGUAGAGACACCACUGGGUCAACGGUAUGUUAUAUAAUUUUAGUAUGACAAUAAUGUUCGAUGGAUGUAAAAUAUGACAUGGUGCUGCUAUUUAUGCAUUUAUAUAUUUGCCAUAAUUUCAACAAUUUUUUGUCAUGGAAACUACAUUUGUAAAUUCAAUAAAAAGAAAUAUUGCCAAGA